UGAAGUCAGUGUCAGUGAUGGAGGGACAUUCUGUUACUCUACACACUGAUGUCACUCACAUACAGACACAUGAUGAGAUCGAGUGGAGGUUUAAACACAUCCGCAUCGCCAGAAUCAAGAGAUCACUCAAUAUUAAUCCUAUAGUUGAUGAUGAUGAGAUAUUCAGAGACAGACUGAAGAUGAACAAUCAGACUGGAGAUCUCACCAUCACACACAUCACAUCUCAACACUCUGGACUUUAUUCACUCGAGAUUCUUACUGGAGAUAUCAAGAGAGUCAAGACAUUCAGUCUUACUGUUAAUGAAUUGGACAAACAUGAAAUCCAUCAAGGACAUGAUGAAGCAGUAGAUGUUUAUACUCCAGGAGGAAGAACACAGUCAGUUCAUAUGGUCGUGAUCUCUUGUGCUGUUGUUGGACCUGUGAUGAUUGUAUCUGCACUUCUGAUCUUCUUCAUCUGCAGAAAACACACAAACAAACAACAACAGGAUCAAAUUCAUGAAAAACAAAACAUCUACGCUGAUUCAACAUUCUACAAACACAACGCGCAGAGACUUGACAUGACAGAGGUGGUUUACACGAGCAUUAAACAGGAUCAAACUCCUACUAAUGUACAGCUGAAGUACAUCAGGAAAGUACAGUAUUAUGUUCGUGUGAAUAAAACAUAACAUAAAACUAACAACUGAUUUAUUUGUCACUAUGAAUAUAGCAGUUGUUGUGUAAAAAUAAGAUUCUUCCUCCUGAUUAGAUUUCUUCUCCUUUUAUUCAUCAUUAAAGUUUGGUUCCUGGCCACUGGGCUGUGUUGUCUUGAUAUUAGAUUAUCUGUAACUUCCACUUACAUUGCUUUAUUAGAAUGAUCUUACCUCUUCUAUACCAUAUACUGGACUGUAUUCUUCCUUUACUGUGUUUUUCUUUUUCUUUUGUUUUCAUCCUGUAAAGCUGCUUUGAAACAAUGCAACAUUGUAAAGAGCGCUUUAUAAAUAAAAUGGAAUUUAAAUGAAUAAGUUGCCACUGAUAAUAUUGUACAUAAUAGUUUUUUAAUAACAAUUAAUAUAAUAAUUUAAUUAAUAUAAUCUUUUAAAUAAUUUUAAAAAAUGUGGCUCUCAUAAUAGCCAAACCUGACGCACGCACACACGCACACGCGCACACGUGCACACGCAUGCACACACACACACACACACACGCACGCACAUGCACACAUACACACAUUAACUUCUUAACACUUCACUGAUCCAACAAACACGUUGUCAAAACUCAAAAUAUGUCGCUCCCAUACAUAAGAUAUAAAAAAUCAUUGUAUAGAUCAUCUACUGAAAAAAACCCUUCCAUCUUUAACCCAUCUUUGUUUAAAUGAGUUCAGUGUGAAAACCACAGGCUUCUCACCACUGACUGCAUCUGUUCAGCUCACCAACUCCACUUCCUGAUUCAUUUGAUUAUUUGUAGUUCCAUAAAUGUACAUUUUCUGGUCAAAGCCACGCUUUACAGUGCUUACUACGAUAAACUAUUCUUACCCUCCAAAACCCAGAAGGCCUGUCGUAUUCUACAGGCAUAUAACUAUUCUCCUGGCAAUAACUUUAUUUGUAUUUAUUGAUUUAUUUAUGUCAUUUGUUGUUAUUUUGAUUGGAUACAUUACUUGUACUAUUGUGUUACACAUAGUAAAAGUCUUUAAUAGUAUGUUUGUGUGUUUCUUCUCUAUUCAACUGUUCCACAGGAAACUGAGAACUUGUGAAGGUAAUGUGAGAGAAAGAUAUUUGUGAUAGUUUAAUGGUUGCCGUGUGUUGUGAUGGCCUUUAACUCGUCUUCUGUUCGCUCGUCUGACUCUUGUACACAUGAAUGGUCAACGCUCAACACAAUGAAUCAAUAUCUGACUUGUUCUGGGUUUCAGCUCUGUUGUGAAGUGCUUCUCAUCAUUGAGUUUUUGUCUUUUGUGUUUUUGACAUGAAUCUGAGAUGACAGAGGCGCUUGACUCAUAUCACAACAUUAAAAAGGAUCAAACUCCUCUGGUGCUUGACCAGCGAUGUAUUGACAACAGAAAAGAUUUGAUUCUGUGUUUCUGAAGUUCUUUAUCAUUUAUUGAGUUUGUUGUUACACUGAUUUUUGAUCAAUAUAGUUAAACUGUCAGUAAAUCACCGUUCACCACACCUGUAUGAGC